UAUACAUGUAUACAUUUAUGUUUUGGCUUAGGGCAAAGGCAUAUUUAUGCCUCUCCAGGAUGCAAUGAAUUCCUUUACAGCACUAUACCAUUAAGAAUACAUCAUUACCUUUGUGCAGGGCUGCUUUAAGGUACCAGUGGGCCCAGGGCAGAGAUCUCAUUGGUGGGUCCUCACAGCCAAUAGAUUUGGGAUAGAACUACGCUAUAGCAGAUGGUUUCCUGUGGGCGUCAGCUACAGACAAAUGCUCAAUACACUGGAGCGUGCCGCCCUGAAUAUACUCUUUGCUGAAUUCAGUUUUGCUCCUUGUGUCUGGGAUAGCCUGGGACAAUGCUGCAAAUUGCCCUCGCUUCGUUCCAGAUAUUUCUCCCCUUUUCCAAUUCAGUUAAAUACAUUCUUCUGGGGGUGGCAAUAUUCUUGUUCCUGGUGGCAAUCUUCCUUUUAGUCUACAACCUUUACAAGUACCUAAGAUAUAAAUCAUCUGUUGCUAGAAAUGAAAAGACAUACCUUGAUGGAACAUAUGUUGAGAAGAAAACUACCAGCAACAUCCUACUGAAAAGUGUAGCUCCAACCUUUCUAGAGAUAACCAGAAAAGAACAAGACUCAAAGAUUCAACUAAUGCGAAAGGAAAUGGAAAAGUUGGAAGAGCGUCUUACUCCUUCACCUCCCAGUACAGAAAGUUUGGAUGAUUUGGAUUCUAACCCUCCACUUAUGCCUAGAGGGAAACUAAAAUUAUCCCUUUAUUAUGAUAAGAAGAAAAUGGCCCUGCUUAUUAAUGUUAUUGAAGCCACAGACCUCCCAGCCCAUAGUCACGAUCCAUUUGUAAGAAUUAAGGUAUUCUCCAAAGCAGAUGAUCCGCAUUCUUCUGUUCAAACCAUCAUUCAUGAAUGGGACACCAAGGUGGUGAAAAACAGCAGAAACCCAGUGUUUGUAGAGUCCUUCACUUGCACUUUAAAAGAAUCACAGCUGCUAUCUACCAGUCUGAAGUUUGAGGUAAAAGAUUUCGACAAAUAUUCCAGACAUACCCUAAUAGGGGAGACAAGGGCCACGCUACAGGGCUUAAAGACUUCCAAAACACUGGAGCUUUAUGAAGAUCUGCAAGAAAAAACGAAGGAUGCUAUCGGCGAGGUCUUGAUUUCAUUAAAAUGUUUGCCCACGGCACAAAAAAUAGAAGUCGGAAUUUUAAAAUUCAAAACCAGUUCACUGAGCACAAUUUCAGAAAGAGACGUGUAUGCCAGAAUAGAUGUUUUUACCAACCAGCAUAAACAGAAGCACCAGAAAUCUAGCCUUCGUGCUAAAUCCAAAGUAACAGUGUUUAAUGAGACUUUUCUCUUUGGCCUGCCGGACCCUGGGAAAACUCACUGUCUGAUUCUUGUCUCACUGUAUGAAACUAUAGCUAGUGGGAGGAAACUUAUUGGACAGACCUCCCUAGGCAACCAGAAUACCAAAGCAGAAGAUGGACACUGGGAACUUAUGAUGCAGACAUUGCGUCAACCUGUAGCUAAGUGGCACCCACUAUUUAUUUGAGUAGACAGAUUUAUAAAGGCAAAAUAAUGUGUAUCUUGGAGACUACAGAGAUAAAAACUGCAUAGACUGACCGUUCUAACUCUGGAGAAGAUUAGAACAUCAUCAUUGAUUGUAUCAAGGUUUUUAUAAUCACUCCCCUCUGUGUAAUUGAAGUCUCCAUGGCAUCUAAAAUGACACGUCCUCUCUUGGAACACUCAUUGCCAAGUUCAAAACUUUCCAUGGAAACAAUGCCAGAACAGCCAUACCUAACAUCACUAUGUGCAAUGCCUAAUGUUGGCAGAAGUCCAUCUAAAAUGUAUGGCUGAGAUGCGAAUCGAAGAAGUUGAUUGGCCUACACAGAGUCCUGACCUCAAACCAACAUAACUUCCAACAACUGUGGGAUGAACUGAAACCCUGGCCUGAUCUCCAACAUUGUGUCAACCUUAGUAAUGCUCUAGUGGCUAAAGAGAAACAACCCCCUGCCCCCACAACUAGCGGAAAGCCUUCCCAGAAGAGUAAAGGCUGUUACAGCAGCAAUGAAAAACCUAUGGAUUGGGAAAGAGAAGCUGGACAGGCAGGUGUGCAGAUACAUUUGGCCAUAUAGUGUAGUUUGUAUACAACUUAGUUUCUAUUUUAAAGCUGUGAUAAUUUUGCUAAAGUUAUUGUUUUGUGAGUAGCCUCUGGAUCUCCAUUUAAAAUAAGUACAGAAGCUGCUACAUUUUAGGUCAACUAAUACUGUAUAUUAGAGGCCCACUAUAGCCAUUACUGUUUAGACUUUAUGUAAAUACACAGAGUAAUGCAAGACUUAACAUUAUGCUGUAGAAAUGCUUCUUUUCUAUGUAUUUGUAAAGCAAUAUGGAAUAUGUUGGCACUAUACAAAUAAAAGGGUAAUAUUAAUAUACAAUAAAUAAUUAUACAUAUUAUAUAUAUACACACAUACAUACACACACACUUUAAUCAUCUUUGGGGAAGAAAAAUCAACCCUGUUAAGCAUUUAAUAAUAUUGUCCACUCUUUUGAUAAACUGUUACAUCUAUUUAGUAUUGUGCUUAUCUACCGAGAAACCAAGUUAUCAAGAUUAACAGAUUGUCAAAGCAUGGUUACCGUACUUUUCCGCCCAACAUCAUUUUCUAACAUAUUAGGCUUAAGGGCAGUGGCACACAGGUGCUUUGUUGUUGCAGGUUUGCAAGGUUUCUGGCCCAAGUAUUUCAGUGGUUGUCAGGGUCUGAUCUUUAGUCCCUAAAAUAACAGGAGAAAUUGAUUGCCACUUGGUGCAGUAUACCUCUCACGGUAUAAUCAAUGGCGGUUUUGGACAGAUGCCAUGAGGCUGUGGACUACAACAUUGGCCAGUAUCCAUUAAGACUACAAUGACUUGUCCAACAGAUUCCUGUGUAGAAAGUCCUCCUGAAUAAAUAAAAUAAAAACACUCCUUAUUGAUCCUGA